AGUGAGGGAGAAAGCGGAAGCCACUAGAAACCGUAGCCCGUUGUGCGCACGACAGCACCUGCCUUGGUUUUGUCGUCUUACUGUUGUCGUCUGUCACGGUUUUUAUUACUAUUCUCGUUUACACCGCGUGACACGCGAGGAGGGAGCGCGAGGAGUCUUAUAUACUUUCUCUCCUAAGGAAGAAAGAAACAGUAGGACGAUGCUUCGGCGGAGUUUGCGCGUUUUGGCUGUGGGCAUCCCCCGCAGCGCCUGGGACCCGGCGCACCACCAUGAGAACUGGGUGGACAGCUACAGCACCAGCAUCGCAGACCGGCGGCACUGGCCGGCGAAGAAGUGGUCCAUCGGGCUCGAGCCCCGCACCCCGCGGGAGUGGCUGCGUUACUCCUACCGCAACCUCGCCUACGCGUACAACGGCGCACUGCGGGCGUGCACGACCUUUCCAGAAAUGCUGGUGUACUACAAGGAGAUGAAACAACGAGGGGUGAAGGUGGACGUGGACACGCUGAACGUGUUGCUCUCGCGUGCCGCCCGCUACGAGCACAUCCACAUCGACGACGUUUUUCUUCUCUUCGACGAGCUGACCGCGCUGGGGGCUCGGCCGGACGUUGCCUCAGUGGAGACGCUGCACACGGUGCUCGAGCACGCCGCCCACCAACCGCCCGAGUGGCGCGAGGCGCGUCGGCGGCAGCUGGUGGAGCUGUACCAGUACCUGGCCUUGGAGGAGAUUGAGCGACUGGCGCCGCACCACGCCGACGCGCUGCUGGCUGUUCAGAUUGCCCGUCUGCGCGGGAAUCUGAAGCAGCUGCGCGCCAGCCUCAGCCCUGCGGUGUACCGCCGCUACUUCGCCAUCGUGGACUGCGGCGAGACGCUCAUUCAAGAGGUGCACAACUUUCUGUGGGAGUACGUCGGCAGCGACCACGCCGCCCUCGAUGUGCCCUCGCUGCGCCUGCGCAUUCCGUUUGUCGCCUCCGUGAUGAAGCGACCGGCCGCCACGGCGGACCCGGCGACGGUCAAAUCUACUGACUUCGAGGACGCCGACGUGUGCAGCGUUCUUCUGGCCGCCGUGGAGCGCUGCGUCGACGGCGACUUCCACGACCGCCGCCCCGUCUCGGAGCGUCGCAUGUACCUCGCCCUGCUGACCAUGCUCACCUCGAGCGGCGUCCUCUACUCCGCUGAUCUCAUGGCACAGUUGAUGGAUAUCGUGAAGUACACACGCGAUGAGCGGGCCCGCGACCGGGAUGCGCAGCGGCUGCUGCGGUACGCCCUGCGCGGGUCGUCGGCCGCCAACGACGUCGCCCACCGCGAGCUGUGGAAGGCCGUCGCGCCGCCCGUGGACGCGCGUGUGGUAGGCCGCUACCUCGCCAGCCGUGACCCGUGGUCGCCGCUGCACAUCUGCUACGACCGCAGCCUUCAAUUCGGUGCUUUUCCGGUGCUGCUGCCCAGCGCCCAGUCCAGCGUGGCCUCCCCAGCCGCAACGGCGUCAUCCGAUGCAGAGGUGCCAAGCAGCCACGCAGCACAACCGUCCACUGCGGGGGCGGCGGUGGAGGAAGGGGCGGAAGGGGUCAGCGCGGACCUGCUGCCGAGCACCACGCCGGAGCCCGUCGCAGAGGGUGGGGCGCGCCCCAGCAGCGAGGGCAAUACGGGGGAAGAGAAGUCGUCGUCGUCGUCAUCGAGCAAUGCGGUAACGCCGCGGACCGCAGAGGCGCUGCAGCAGCGGUGGCACGACGUGCAGCGGUUGAUCGACGUGACGGGCGUGCUGAAGCGGCUGCAGCAGCCACAGCAGCACAGCAGCGGCAGCAACUGCAGCCAUGCCCCCACGCAGGCGGAUGCGCAGAACGCGAUGGAGGUCUUUACGGGCUGCGCCGUCUUUCUGCGUGGUAUCGCCAGCAAUGAGCGCUACGGAUCCGUGGAGGAGGCGAUGUCCAUUCAGGCCGUCGGAGAGGCCUCGGGCCACGUGGCCGGGGGAGCGUCCGUGCCCUACGCCGCUGUCUUGGACUUCGAUGUGUGGCACCGCCUCCUUCAAUGCGUCCAGCAGCUUCGUCACGACACGGAGAAGUUUAUCGCCCAGCAGUACGAGCUGCAUGGGUGGCAGGUGGAGCCGGAGUUUGAGUGUUGGGAGGCGAUGUUGGUGGUACUGCGGUGCGUACUGGACUUCUGCGUCGUGCACACGCAGCAGUACGGGCGAGCCGCGGGGGGUGGCAUGGCGGAGACGCUCUUUCAGGAGUCGGCGCAGCUGCGAGCGGAGUUGGUGGAGGAGAGCCGGGCGCGGUUCAACGGUCGGAUGCGUAUCCUGUGGCUCCAGGAGGUAUAG